CUCCCGGGCGCGAGCCGGCGCAGACCCGCCCCCGCCGCUCGCUGCCAGAGCCGCUUUGUGACGCGGCGCGGGGGACGGGGUCGCGGGGUGCUGAGCCGGCGGGCACAGCCUCAGCAUGGACGUGACCGUCUCGGAGCUCAUGGAGCUCUUCCUGCAGAGCCCGCUGGUGACCUGGGUGAAAACUUUUGGCCCCUUCGGAAGCGGCAACCAGGACACCCUGACAAUGUACAUGGAUUUAGCGGACGGCAUCUUUUUGAACCAAAUCAUGUUGCAAAUAGAUCCCAGGCCAACAAAUCAACGCAUCAACAAGCACGUCAACAAUGAUGUGAACCUUCGCAUUCAGAACUUGACCAUCUUGGUGAGAAACAUUAAGACCUACUACCAGGAAGUUCUCCAGCAGCUGAUCGUAAUGAAUUUGCCCAAUGUCUUGAUGAUUGGCAAAGACCCGCUGUCUGGGAAGAGUAUGGAGGAGAUUAAGAAGGUGCUGCUGUUGGUGCUGGGCUGUGCUGUUCAGUGUGAGAGGAAAGAGGAAUUUAUCGAAAGAAUCAAACAGCUGGACAUUGAGACACAGGCCGGGAUCGUGGCCCAUAUACAGGAGGUGACCCACAACCAGGAGAAUGUGUUCGACCUGCAGUGGUUGGAGCUCCCGGACGUGGCCCCGGAGGAGCUGGAGGCCCUGUCGAGGAACAUGGUCUUCCACCUCAGGCGGCUCAUCGACGAGAGGGACGAGUGCACGGAGCUGAUCGUGGACCUCACCCAGGAGCGGGACUACCUCCAGGCCCAGCACCCGCCCAGCCCCCUCAAGUCCUCCAGUGCCGAGUCCACCCCGAGCCCCACCAGCAGCCUGUCCAGCGAGGACAAGCAGCACCUGGCCGUGGAGCUGGCGGACACCAAGGCCAGGCUGCGCCGCGUCAGGCAGGAGCUAAGCGCAGUUCCCUUUCCUUUUCCUGCUGGGGGCUUGCAGGGUGGCGGGCAGGCCCCUUCACCACACUCGCUCCGAAUCGCCCCCAGGGAGGAGAAGACAGAGCAGCUUGUGGACACCAGGCAUGAGGUAGAUCAGCUGGUGCUGGAGCUGCAGAAAGUCAAGCAGGAGAAUAUCCAGCUGGCGGCUGACGCCCGGUCUGCUCGUGCCUAUCGCGACGAGCUCGAUGCCCUGAGGGAGAAGGCGAACCGUGUGGAGAGGCUAGAGAUGGAGCUGGUGCGCUGCCGGGAGAAGCUGCACGACGUGGACUUCUACAAGGCCCGCAUGGAGGAGCUGAGAGAAGAUAAUAUCAUUUUAAUUGAAACCAAGGCCAUGCUGGAGGAGCAGCUGACUGCCGCUCGAGCCCGGGGCGAUAAAGUGCACGAGCUGGAGAAGGAGAACCUGCAGCUGAAAUCAAAGCUUCACGACCUGGAAUUGGACCGGGACAUGGAUAAGAAGCGAAUAGAGGAGCUGCUGGAAGAGAACAUGGCCCUCGAGAUUGCGCAGAAGCAGAGCAUGAAUGAAUCCGCCCACCUCGGCUGGGAGCUGGAGCAGCUGUCCAAGAACGCAGACCUGUCCGACGCCUCCAGGAAGUCGUUUGUGUUUGAGCUGAACGAGUGCGCCUCUAGCCGCAUCCUGAAGCUGGAGAAGGAGAACCAGAGCCUCCAGAGCACCAUACAGGGGCUGCGGGACGCGUCCCUGGCGCUGGAGGAGAGCAACCUCAAGUGCGGGGAGCUGGAGAAGGAGAAUCACCAGCUCAGCAAGAAGAUCGAGAAGUUACAGACCCAGCUGGAGAGGGAGAAGCAGAGUAACCAGGAUUUGGAGACCCUGAGUGAGGAGCUGAUCAGAGAGAAAGAGCAGCUGCAGAGCGACAUGGAAACCUUGAAGGCUGACAAAGCCCGGCAGAUCAGGGACCUUGAACAAGAAAAGGACCAUCUCAACCAGACGGUGUGGACGCUGCGGGAGAGGUCGCAGGUCAGCAGCGAGGCCCGCGCGAAGGACUUCGAGCAGGAGAGCAAAGCCCUGCAGGGGAUGGUGACGGAGGCCAGCGGCCGGCUGAGCAGCCUGGAGCUGGAGCAGGCGCAGGAGAAGGCGGGGCAGGUGGAGGAGCUGCAGCGGGAGCUGCGGCGGCUGGAGGAGGAGAAGGGGAGGCUGGCGCAGAGGGUGAGCUCCCUGCAGGCGGCGGGCGAGCAGGCGGACGCCAUGGAGCGCGAGAGCCGCGGGCUGGCGCUGGAGAACCGGCAGCUGCGCAAGUCCCUGGACGCCCUGCAGAACAUGCAGGUGCAGCUGGCCAGCCUGGAGCUGGACAACAGGCAGCUGGACAAGGAGAACCUGGAGCUGCGCAGGACAGUGGAGGCCAUGCGCUUCACGGGCGCCAAGGUGGCGGAGCUGGAGCGGGAGAAGCAGGAGCUGAGGACGAGCGUGGAGCUGCUCAAGGCGCUGGGCAAGAAGUCGGAGCGCCUGGAGCUCAGCUACCAGAGCCUGAGCGCCGAGAACCUGCGGCUGCAGCAGAGCCUGGACAGCAGCGGCCAGAAGGCGCAGGCCCUGGAGCGGGAGCUGGGGCAGCUGGAGGCCGAGAACCAGGCCCUGCAGCGCGACCUGGAGGCUCUCCGGCUCGCCAACAGGCAGCUGGAGCGGGCCGGCCAGGACCGGAAGGCGCUGGAGCAGGAGGUGGCCCAGCUGGAGAAAGACAAGAAGCUGCUGGAGAAGGAGGCCCGGCGUCUGUGGCAGCAGGUGGAGCUCAAGGACGCCGUCCUGGACGACAGCUCCGCCAAGCUAUCCGCUGCCGAGAGGGAGAGCCGCGCGCUGGACAAGGAGCUGGCCCGCUGCCGGGAAGCAGCCGGCAAGCUGAAGGAGCUGGAGAAGGACAACAGGGACCUCACCAAGCAGGUCACCAUGCACACGAGGACACUGACCACCCUGAGGGAGGACCUGGUGCAGGAGAAGCUGAAGAGCCAGCAGCUGAGCAGUGAGCUGGAGGAACUGAGCCAGGAACUGGAGAAGCUUGGCCUCCACAAGGAGCUGCUGCUGCGGGAUGACAGCAGCAACGGUGACACGAAAUACAAGAUUUUGGAGAGCAUAACUGAAUCAGCAUUCAAAACAGCACUAGCCAGGAAAGAAGAAAAGAUUGUGUUCUUAGAAGCACAGAUGGAAGAGAAGGCCAGCCUGACUCACCACCUACAGAACGAGCUCCAGGUGUUGAAGAAGGAGUGUGAGAUCCUCAGGAAGAGCCAAGAAGAGGGGAAGCAGGUGCAGAACUCUUUCAAACACCCUGUGGGGCCGUUGGUCGAGGGUCACCCGGGGAAGGAGCGCUGGGGGCCCAGCCCCAAGGAGGCCACGAUGGAGCUGCUCCGUGUGAAGGACCGGGCCAUCGAGCUGGAGCGCAACAACGCGGCUCUGCAGGCUGAGAAGCAGCUGCUCAAGGAACAGCUGCAGCACUUGGAGACCCAGAACACGGCCUUCAGCAGUCAGAUCCUGACGCUGCAGAAGCAGAGCGCCUUCCUGCAGGAGCACAACACCACGCUCCAGACGCAGACGGCUAAGCUGCAGGUGGAAAAUUCCACUCUGGGCUCCCAGAGCGCCUCACUCACCGCGCAGUACGCACUGCUCCAGAACCAGCAGACAGCCAAGGAGAGCGAGCUCGAGAACCUGCAGAAGCAGCAGGAAGAGCUGACGGCCACCUACCAGGCCCUGCUGCAGGACCACGAGCACCUGGGCGCACUCCACGAGCGGCAGUCCGCGGAGUACGAGGCCCUCAUCCGCCAGCACAGCUGCCUGAAAACACUGCAUCGCAACCUGGAGCUGGAGCACAGGGAGCUCGGGGAGAGGCACGGCGACAUGCUGAAGCGGAGGGCAGAGCUGGAUGAGCUGGAGAAGGUUUUGAAUGCCGAGAGGGAGGCUCUGCGGCAGGAGCAGAGGACGAGCGCCGCGGUCGCGAGCGAGAACCAGAGGCUGCAGGAGGAGCUGGACAGGGUCAGCUUCCUGCACCACCAGCUGAAGGGGGAGCACGAGGAGCUGCACAGCCACACCAAGGAGCUGAAAACCUCGCUGAACAGCUCGCAGCUGGAGCUGAGCCGCUGGCAGGCCCGGUUCGACGAGCUGAAGGAACAGCACCAGAGCAUGGACAUCUCUCUGACCAAGCUGGACACCCACUGCGAGCUGCUCUCCCGCCUCAAGGGGAACUUGGAGGAAGAAAACCAUCACCUCUUGAGCCAGAUCCAGCUGUUGAGCCAGCAGAACCAAAUGCUUCUAGAACAGAACUUGGAGAACAAGGAACAGUACCACGAGGAGCAGAAGCAGUACAUAGACAAGUUAAAUGCCUUACGAAGACAUAAGGAAAAACUGGAAGAAAAAAUCAUGGAUCAGUACAAGUUCUAUGAUCCUGCUCCAAAGAAGAAAAACCACUGGAUUGGAGCCAAAGCUUUAGUCAAACUCAUCAAACCAAAGAAAGAGGGUUCCAGAGAACGAUUGAAGUCAACUACAGACAGUCCUCCCUGGCAGCUGGAGUCCCCAGACCCAACCUCGCCAUCCACUUCUCAGCUGCUCAGAUCCCAGCCGGAGAACCCCGAGGCCACCCCCUUGGGCUCAAGCUGUGCAGAAGAGCGUGACAUCCACAAAGGGACCCUGGGAAAAGGUCCUGGGGACCUAAAGCCAAAGCGAGGGUCCCCGCACAGAGACAGCCUUGACCGCAAGGAUGCCUCUGCUGACCCAGCCAUGAAGCCCUGGCCCGUGGAGCCGGGCCCCCGGCCCUGUUCGUCCUCAGCCAUCACUACAACCCCUUCCAGCUCCACCCCCAUCUCACGGCACCCAGGCCGCGCCAAAGGCUAUAAUUCUGAUGACAGCCUCUGCGAACCGUCCCUGGAGCUCGAGUUCGCUCCCCACAGGCAGUACGCGUCCCGGCCGGGGAGCUUGGAGAGCAGUAGAAAUGCGUCCAGCGACAGCUCACCUCUUAACCUGAAAGGUUCCUCCGACCAGCUCCACGGCAGGUCCGAGAGCUUCAGCAGCGAAGACCUGAUCCCCAGUAGGGACACAGCCACUCUGCCGCGGGAUGCCAGCACCCCGGGGCGCACUGCCCUCAGCCGCCAUGAGUACCCCCCACCCCGGAACGGGCCUCUCCCCCAAGAGGGCGCCCGGAAGAGGGGCGCAGCCCAGCCCCAUGGCGGGGUGCGGCCCUGCUCAGCCUCCCCGAGCAGUGAGAUGGUCACCCUGGAGGAGUUCCUGGAGGAGAGCAACCGGGGCUCCCCUUCCUCCGAUGCUCCCAGUUGCCGGGAUGACCUGCUAAGUGACUAUUUUAGAAAGGCCAGUGAUCUCCCGGCCAUCGGAGGCCAGCCAGGCCCACCUACCAGGAAAGAAGGGGCCAAGAUGCCCACCAGCUUCGUGGCCCCCACCAUCAAGAUGCCCGUCACCACCUCCGAGGGGAAGCCGCUGAAGCCCGGGCAGUACGUGAAGCCGAACUUCAGACCCGCUGAGGCCGAGGCCCUGCCCAGUGCCCCCCAGAGGCAGGCCCAGCUGCCCCAGAGCCUGUCCCUGGGCAGACUCCGGCAGGCCGCGAUGCCCCCCGCUUCCCACACGCCCACUGGCCGGAGUGCAUCCCUGAGCCGGGCCUUCAGCCUGGCCUCCGCCGACCUCCUCCGGGCCAGCGGGCCAGAGGCCUGCAAACAGGAGCCAGGGGCUCCCGAGGCCUCGGCGGGCAGAGACACAGGCAGCCACAGCCUGCAGGGCUCCACACCUCCCAGCUCCCACAGCCUGGCCCGGGAGCGGACCCCGCUUGUGGGAAAGGCUGGCGGCUCCUGUCAGGGCCCUGGCCCCCGAAGCCGGCCACUGGACGCGAGGCGCUUCUCUCUGGCUCCCCCGAAGGAGGAGAGGCCAGCUCCCCUGCAGCAGUCCGCCACGUCCCCAGCCAUCGCCGCUGGAGGUGGCAGUGGCAGCAACUCCCAGCUACAGCACUGCUCACCUGCUGCAGCCCCGGCUGCCAGGACUAAGCCCCAAGCCUCCCCGCACUCGGGAGAGGCGGCCACCAUCGCCCCCGUCCGGGCGGGGUUCAGCCCCUCCGAGGGGGACGGGGUCCCGGGGCAGGGCUACAGCGAGGGCCUCCCUGCCAAGGGCCCAGGCAGGUCUCCCGACCUGGCUCCCCAUGGCAGCCGGGCCUCCGAGGACUUCAGUCGUGGGAGCAGCUCGAAGAGCACGCCGGCAUCCCCCGAGCCGGCUGGGGACCAGCAGACCGUGUGGUACGAGUACGGCUGCGUGUGACUUGGCUCCUGGACCGGCAGCUCCUAAACCUUAAAGCUACUGACGCACCUGCUCAUCAUGAUGGCCUUUCCCCGUCUGCCUGUGGUGCCAGGAAAGGGCUUUACGAUGAGGAAAGGGGUUCCCGUGCGUUUCUUCUGUUUGUUUUGUUACUAAAACACCGUGCCAAGCCCUGAGAGGGUUGCACCCUCCCCCCGGUGUGUAACGUGUCUUCUGUACCUGUAGCCUGCAGCAACGGGUAUCUUUUGAACAAAUCCACUUUGGCAUGGGGACACUCAGAACGCAGUGACAAACUGACCCCAAAGCAGACACUAUUUGAGCGCGCCCCUGUAGAACACUCGUUUGCAACUUGCUGACCUCCACUGGAGUGCGUGUGUAUGUGGGCGUGUGCGCACGCACAUACUCACAGGACUGAGCCCUGGUGGCUCUGGAAACUCUACUCCUCUCCCAAAAGCCAUUUGAUCCUAGGGGAAGCCCCCACUGGCCAAACUACAAAGAUCUGGAGGCCCUUGGGUGGACCCCAGAGGCAGGCUCGCUGUUGAAAACCAGACGCACUGCAGUGCCAUUGCUGGGGUCCCAAGCGCUUCCCUUCACCCCAGAGCCAAAGCGGCCUUCCAGGCAGGCGGCGGUAGCCUCGGGUGUUUACCUCCCCGCUGCAGCCAGCUCCCGGGCCCUGCAGGGUGGGCUCCGAGGCCACAGGGCCACCUGCCUUCCCUGACUCGCUUUUCUACAAACACUGGAUCUGCUGGGCCUGGGGGGCCGGGCAGAGAGAAGCCCACCCAGCAAGUGUGCACAGCAUACAGAGGGGAGGCGUGUACAGGAGUGAGGUGCGCCUCGGUUUAUAACGUGGCUGCAGUGUCCCCACUUCCCUGUCUCAGGUGAGAUGUUGAUUUAUUAUUGCUGAGUAACUUCUCGUGGUAGAAACCAAAUUUCUUUUAAUAUAUUACAUAUGUAUGUACACACUCAUGUGAAAUAUAUGUACUUUGAGGGGAUCUAUUUAUGUUCCAUGGGGAGUCAUUCUUUCCUAUCAGGAAUCUCACCUGCUGCUUUGUGUAUUUGGUCAGAUUCCUGGCACGUUUUGUUUCCUGUUUAGUAAAGGUGCUCUUCCAGGGAUGCACUAAACCUGGUGAUUUUUUUUUUUUGUAAGAUUUUUUUUUCCCUUUGAUUCAAUAUAAGAAAGAAAUGGGAAGCUAAGAUCAAAUUUAGGAGUGCUUCGGGUUGUGUGUUAAAUAGCCAUUCAUUCUGGAACACAAGGACAAUUGUAAUAAAAGGACAUGGAACAGUA